AUGAAAUCUAUCAUCGCAUUCGCCCUGUGCUUAGCCGUGGUCUCCGCCCUGCCCACCGGCGAUGUGGACGCAGAAAUCCUCACCUACGAAAAUGACAACAUCGGCAUUGGAAACUACAGAUACUCUUUUGAAACCAGCGAUGGCAAGAAAGUUUCUGAAACAUCCGUCGUCAAGAACGUUGGCCAAGAAAACCAGGCUCAGGAAGUUACCGGCUCAUUCUCCUAUUACCAAAACGGCCAACUCUACUCUGUGAACUACGUCGCUGACGAAAACGGCUUCAGAGCCGUCGGAGACCAUAUUCCCAAAUGA